GGCAAAGUUAGACAACUCUACUUUUGUAAACAAAUAAAAACAGGAAAUUCCCAAACAACCGGAAUAUUGUUUACUCAGCAUUAGCAGUGUUAAGAGUAAGGAUGUCUAAAAACAAUGUUGUAGGUUUGAAGCUUUACCAGUUUGUACACAUACUUGAUGUGACAACUAAUAUUACAAGGAUAGAAAUAGGUCCACAGACCAUUGUAUUGAAGACAAAUGAAAACUUUGUGGCUGGUCCAUUGCCUAUGAUAGUUGUUGCACCAGGAUGUUAUUGCAUAGUCCAUAACCCUGUCAGCAAUUAUGUUCCUGGUCAGGCAUGUGAAAUCAGAUUUGGAGAGAAAGAUAUCCAUUUCCAUGAGGACCCUUUUCCAUUAUAUCCUGGUGAAGUCCUAGAGGGCGCCUCUGACUUCCUCACUGGGGGUGUGCCAGAUUAUAAGAGAGCCAUUAAGAAGCUACCCCUUGUACCUGACAAUCAUGGUAUCAAACUGAAGGCCCUGUUGGAUUGUGAAGAUGAGAAUGGCAAACACCAGGCAGGAGAAGAAUGGCAGUUAAAUGGUCCACGUACAUAUAUACCUAGACCUGAAGUGGAAGUCCAAGGAAUUGUAAAUCCAACAGUUCUUAAAGAAGGUGAAGCUUUAAGAUUGAGAGCUAAACAAGGAUUUAUGGAUAGAUAUGACAAUGAAAGGGUGACAGACGAACAAUGGUUUAUCUGUGAACAAGGCUCAUAUUUACCAGAUGUUUAUGAAGAGGUUGUGGAAUUGUUGAAAAAGAUAACUUUGACUCAAGAAAUUGGAUUGAAUUUGAGAGCAACACAAACUGUCAAAGACCGAUAUGGUGUUACAAGACUUGCUGGUGAAGAAUGGUUGUUGACCAGUGAAACAACUGAUGAAUAUUACCCUGAAAUAGGAGUGGAAGUUGCAUCUAAAGCAAAGAAGUUGGUUUUAACUAAAGGACAAUAUUGUGUUGUUGAGAAUCCAUUAGACAAGUCAGGGAGACCACAGCUAGGAAAACUAGAACUCAGAAUUGGAUGUUCCAGCUUUUUCUUACAACCAGGAGAAGCACUACAGGGAGGAAAUGUUAAGUCAUCUUAUGUCUUAUCUGACCAACAAGCAAUUGUGCUACAAGCUGUCAACCAGUUCAAAGACACAAUGUUCAAAGGACAGAAUCGAUUACCAGGUGACACAUGGAUGAUCAGAGGACCUAUAGAUUAUAUCCCUCCAGUAGAAGUACAAGUUGUUAAACAGAGGGAUCAGAUACCAUUAAGUAAAAAUGAAGGAAUUUAUAUACAAAACAAAAAGACAGGAAAGGUUAGAGCAAUUAUGGGACCAAAGUCUUACAUGUUGACAGCCCAUGAAGAGUUGUGGGAAAAGAAAUUAGAUUCAAACAUAGAAACACUUCUGAAACAAGGUGGUGGUGAUGGGUCAGGAGAUAUCAGGAAGAUUGCCUACUUUGAACAGAGUAUUGAUCCUCAGAUGUUAAAGGGUCGAGAUAAAACCAGAGUUAUUACCUACAGAUGUCCAGGAAAUACAGCAGUACAGGUUUACAACUAUUUAGAAAAAACAGCCAGAGUGGUAUUUGGACCAGAUCUUGUCAUCUUAGGACCACAUGAAAACUUUAAUGUUUUGAGUUUAAGUGCUGGUAAACCAAAGAAAUGUGAUGCUCUGAGAUCACUAUGUUUAAUGUUAGGACCAGACUUUAUCACUGAUAUCAUUGAGGUAGAAACUUCAGAUCAUGCCAGGCUAAGACUGCAGUUAGCUUUCAACAACCAUUUUGAGUAUGAAAAAGGAGAUGUAGAUAGUGAAGCCAAAAUAUUCUCAGUAGGGGACUUUAUUGGAUUUGCCUGUCGAAAAAUUGGUGGUCGUAUCAGAGGACAAGUAGCACAUGUGCCAUUUGAUGAAUUUCACAAACACUCAGCAAUGAUUAUAACAACAGCUGUAUUUGGUGUGGAUCAAGAAGGCAAUCUUAAUAUUCCUCUGACAUUUGAGGCCAAUAAUUUGGUCAUCAGCAGUGUAGAUAUCCAGUCUAUUGAACCAGUUGAUGCUAAGAUGAGAGACAGUUUAAGUAAAUCUGUACAGUUAGCUAUAGAAAUAUCUACAAAAUCAAUAGAAGCCUCUGCAUCCCACGAAGCUAGCAGAAAUGAACAAAUAGCCAGAGGUCAACUUGAACGACAGAAAUUGCUUAAUGAAAUGGAUUCUGAGAAAGAAAAGACAAAGUUAUUAGAAUUACAAGCUAUCACUGCGGCUGUGGAAUCUACUGGUCAAGCUAAAGCCGAGUCACAAGCUCAAGCUGAGAGAAUGCUAAUAGAGUGUGAAAGUGAAAUAGAAUCUGCUAAAUUAAAGGCUGAAGCAGAGGAAAUUGAACACAUGGCCAAACUAGAAACUCAGGGCUUGUUGAGAGCACAAGAACUAUCCUAUCAGAGAGAACUUAACAGAAUAGAAUUGGAUUUAGAAAAAGGAAGAGCAGAUAUUGAGGUAAAGAAAUUCAAGUCUAUGGUUGAGACAUUAGGAAUAAAAACAAUAGAAACCAUGUCAAUAGCAGGACCCAAGGCUCAAGCCAAUCUAUUGCAAGGUCUUGGUAUACAGAGUAUGUUAGUGACUGAUGGAACUACACCCAUUAACCUGUUUGACACUGCACAUGGUCUUAUUGGAUCUAAACAGGGACAAUAGAGAACAAGUCUGUGAUGGCUUAAAUAACUGUGAUGAAAUAACUGUGAUUAUAUUGGAAAAGAUAACGUUGAAAACAAGAAAACCCAAGAAAAAAAAUGACUGUUUUUAUAAUAUUAUUUGAAGUGCAACACAAAUGCAUUUUUUUGCCAUAUAAGCACAAACACUUUACACAUUAGUUUAUUUUUCACCAAACUUUUGUUUCCUCAAAUAUUUUCAAAUUACAACUUUGAUUGUAUAGGGGAAAUUUUGGUUAGUUUUUGUGAGUUUUUUAUCACAGUUCAGAAAAAAAUUGUAGAAUUGGCAUUAAUUUAAGUUUAAAAGUAGUAUAGAACUAGAAAAAAACAGACAGAAUAUGUAAAAUUUGAAAUGAAUUGAUUGCUCUCAUGCAAAUAGUGUUAAUUAUUUUUCAUAUGUAUUAUCAAUACCAUUUUAAAUUUAUGAAAAGCUUCUGAAAAUGAUAUUUGAUAUUGAAACCUAAUUGUUUAUGAUGAAGGCAGGUAAAUCUAAGGUAAAAGUUACCAAAGUAAGUCUAUAUUUUUUGUAGAAUAUAUGUACAUUUUGUUCCAUUAUUUUAUAUUUUACCUUUCCUCAGAUAACAUUUAAAAAAGUACAUUGUAUAGCCAUGACCUAGAAGUAGAUAACCAAAGGCAACAGCAAGUCAUUAUGUGUUGUUUUAAGCUAACUUGAUCAAAAGCCUUUGUAUAUAAGUUGCUUCUAUCACUUAGCAUCAGUUAUCUGUUGAUUUUUUUAUAUGUUUUCAUCAAACUAACCAGCCAAUAUCAGGUUAAGAGUCAAUUGCUACAUAUAUAUGAAUAGGAAUUUUAACAUUUAGCAUUAGCAGAUGACUGAUAGUUUUUAUCUGAGCUGAAGUCUAAACAAACAUAAUGGAGACUUGGGAUUUUGUGUAAAUAUCACAUAAUGUUUAUGGUAUUUGACUUGAUAUAAACUUUUUUAUUGACAAAUGUAUGUUUUGUUUGAUUUAGUAACUAUUAAUAAAACUAUCUAAAAAGUAUAAAAAAAAAAAGUGUGUAUAACACAUACCAAAAUACAGAGAAAAUAUUUUGAGACCUUUUGCAUUGAUUUAUUUGCAGAAUGCGUAUUUUUAUGUUUUGAUACUUGUAAUUUUACUGUUUUGAAUGAUCUUUUUACAUUAUCUUAUUUUUUUUGUUCAUACUUUUCUAUAAUGUUUUUUAUAUUACUUAUGAAGCUACAUAAAAUGAUUUGUUAAUGUAUAUAAUUUUGACACCAGAUACACUUGUAAUGGUAGGACCAAAUUGCCUUUUUCAUGUCUAUAUAUUCAAUAGACAACUUUUGAGUUAGAUGCAUUUAGGGAUGUUGUCACUUCCGUUCCCUUAUUGAGCAAUUGGUUGGAAAACUAUGAUGCUAUAUUUCACGAAUUAUUUCAAUUCUCAUUAUUGACAAUCAAAAUUGAUGUCAUGAGGGAAUUGUAAUUAAGUACCUAUAUAUUAUAUUAUAUUAUUUCUAGUUUAUCAUGCGCAAUGACGAUCACCUAGACACUUGAUGAACGUAAAUAGUGCAUGGAUGCAGGCGAUCCAGGCGAUCCCCUCUAUCUGGUAAAUGACAUCAUAAAGGUGUGCAUAAUUAGCGAGUUUUUUUACGAUGAAGGACAAACUCAAAAUUGGUGUAUUAUGAAGCGUGUAUCAGUCAAAAUGGUGAAUGAGCACUGAAGAAAAUAUCUUCAAGUUUUUUUCGUACUACAGACAAUGUGAUACUAUUUUAUAUUCAUUCUGUGCAAUUUGUAAUUUAUACUGUGAAAAUGAUAUUAUUAAAGUAAUAUAUUUGUAGUUUCAA